CAUGUUCAUAAACAUGCCAAUAAACAUAAAUGCCCAACUUGCUGUAAAUCACGUGGUAGUCCAGGGUGGAAUGACAAGAUUCAUUCAACCAACAAUAUAGUAAACUAUGAUAUUUCUACUCCGCAAGAUUGUUGUAAUUCAUGUGUUGAAGAUCCAAAUUGCGUUGAAUGGUUGUUUCAUAAUCGUGAUAAGCCAGAUAAGCCAUUCUGUACGCAUGGCUUCAAUUCGAGUGAUCCAAAUAGCGAAACUUGUUCAGGUGAACUCUUUACGCCAAGUAGCUUCCUUACGCCAAGUGGCUUAAAAAAUGAUGAAGGUGGUAUUAUUCGUUGCAGUGACGGCA